AUGUUCGCUAAACGACCGAGAUCGAAAACCCAAUCGGAGACAGCGUUAGACCUACAAGGUUUCACAGGUGAUGGUAUCCAGUUCAACAAGAAACGCAAAACCACAGGGUCUAACGCAAAUCUCGAAGAAGAUAAUGCUGAUAUAGAUUCCGAUGAAGAAGCUUUGUACUUUGAACAAUCCCAGCUUAUGGCUGCAAACAAUACAGUCCCGAGGGGGAAUGAGCCCGCAGACUACGGAACGAUCGAAUUGAUACGACUCGAAAACUUUAUGUGUCAUCCCUGCUUGGAGAUGAAAUUUGGACCCUUCAUGAACUUUGUCGUGGGUCAGAACGGAAGUGGGAAAAGUGCCGUUCUCACGGCUCUUACUCUCUGCCUUGGGGCGAAAGCGGCCGUAACUAACCGGGGGGGCAAUGUCAAGAGCUUUAUCAAAGAGGGUGAACACAUGGCUGUUGUCGAGGUUCACCUUCGGAACCGUGGAGACGGGUUUAGAAAAGACGUUUAUGGUGAAACUAUCAUUAUACAACGUACAUUUAAUCGUGAUGGCGUUACUUCCUACAAAAUCAAGGCAAAGUCUGGUAAGGUCGUAUCCACAGCCAAGAAGGAGCUCUCGGACAUCAUCGACUAUAUGUCUUUGCAGGUCGAUAACCCAAUGACUGUUCUAUCCCAAGAUCUCGCAAGGCAGUUCUUGAGCAAUUCUACCGACGAAGACAAAUAUAAAUUCUUCAUGAAAGGCGUCCAACUCGAUGAUCUCUAUGCUCUUUACCAAGCCCUUAAGUCACAGCAAGCACAAAUCGAUGGUGUCUUAGAAAGUAAGGCUGAGGAUAUAAGGGAGUUAAAGGAAGAUAAAGAAGCGGCCGAGAAGAAGUUCAAGCUUGUGCAACAAACAGACGACCUGCGUAAUAAUGUUAACAAAUUGCUAUUAACGCAUGCAUGGGCACAGGUUUCUGAAUCAAAAUUGUGUCUCGAGACAGCAAAUAAGAAGCUCUCCGAUAGCCAACGCACGAAAGAGGAAUUAAACAUGGAGCUUGAGAAUGCGAACAUUACCGUUAAGACCUGGGAUCAAAAGGUUUCGCAAGCGCUUGAAGCGGUGGAGAACUCAUCCGAUUCAAUAAAUCCCCUCAAAGACGAGAAGAAGGAGUUGGAAGGCCGCCUGCUAAGUAAUCGCAAAAGUUUUGAGCAAAUUCAGUUGGAGGAACGAUCUAUUUACGAUCAACUGAAAACAGCCAAAAGAAAUUUAGAGAAGGCGCAGCAUGAUGUCGACACAGAAAAACAAAGAUUAGCUGACGCAGAUAACGGCAAACUGACCAGUCUAGUCGAGGAGAAGGGACGUCUUUUGGAGGAAAGGGGGAGGCUUGAACUUGAAAUUAAUGACCUAAAUGAGAAUAUCACUGUUGAGCAGAAUACCAACCGUGAAAACAAAGCGAAGCUCGAUGAACUUCGUGAUAAGGUCCAGAAAAAGGAGGCUAGCGUUAGCGGCGCUAAAGAUGCAUUGAAGCAGCUGACAUCCAGUCACUCUGGAAACCUCAAUCUAUACGGACAAAACAUACCUAAGCUCCUUGAGGCUAUUGGUAGCACUUCAUGGAGAGCUGAGAAGCCUAUUGGCCCGAUUGGGCUGUUUGUUAAACUAAAAGAUAAAAGAUGGUCGUCUAUAGUUGAACGCCAAUUAGGGCGGGUGUUGACUGGCUUUAUCACCUCAAGCCUUGAAGAUAAAGACCGCCUGAUGGGUCUUACGCGGGAAUAUAAGUGUGCCAACACCGUAUAUUAUACAAGCCGGGCUUCUUUCCAGUUAAAGGAACCUUCAUCCGAAUACCUUACAGUCCUAAGGGCAUUAGAGGUGAUCGACAAUGAGGAGGUAAAAAAAACCCUCGUAAUGAUUAACCAGGUUGAGCAAACUAUUCUUGUUGAGGAUCACAUGGAAGGGAGGAGGAUUAUGGAAAAAUCUCCCGAAAAUGUUAGGUUCUGCUAUUCAAUCAACAAGAAUAAACGAGGGAAUGGCUUCAAUAUCAAAAUGGGUCAAGGUUCUGGAGGGGUAGAUCCCAUCAUUGGAUGGACCCAGGCACCUCGGAUGGCAACCAGCGUUGAGGAACAAAUCAAGUUUGCAGAAGCAAGCAUUGCUGUGAAAGAUUCGGAACUAGUUGAAGCCCGUAGCAAAUAUACGGAGCUAAAAGAUGCGAUAUCUGCUUAUCAGGAUAGCUUUAUUGAGCGUAGAAAUCACAAGCAAAGAAACAAAACCGAAAUCCAGAGAAUCGACGACCAGAUUGAGGAUAUAACACAAAAACUAGAGCAGGACAACAGCAAUACAGAACUUAUUCGUCUGGAAGCGGCUGUCGAGACUCAAAAACACGCCUACGGGAUUUCCAUAGGACAGCACAAUGACAACUUAGCCGAAAAACAACGACUUUCUAGAAUACAAACUGGGCUUGACGUCGAGAUGAAAGAUCUUAGCGCAAAGAUUGAUGAGUUUGAAACUCAUGCUGAUAGCCUCCAAAACAUUCAUACCCGUGCUAUCCAGCGAAAAGAGGUGUCAGUUCUUAAAAGCGCUGAGAUACUUCGAAAAAUUGAAAUUCAAGACGCAGAAAUAUCAGAGCUGUCGAACUCAGCGGAGAAAGCGGAAGAACACCUAGGAGGCCAAAUAGUGGAAGCGCAAAAAGUUGGAGCUGAAGUUAGACUUGGCGCAGAUGAUACGACCAAAAAAAUUGAGACUCGACUGAACCAAUUAGAGGCAGAAAUUCGAAAAAAGGACGCCAGGAUCGGGGCUUCAACUGAAAGUAUCGCGAAGGAUUACAGGAAGAAGACUGAAAAAUAUAAGGCGGCAAGGGAAGAAGUGACCGACUUGGAGAAGGUCCACCAAGCUUUGCAACAAACAUUUGAGGAACGUAUGGAACGAUGGGGCUAUUUCCGAAAAUACAUCAGUGUUCAAUCAAGGUAUCAGUUUCGCUUCCUGAUGAGCGAAAGAGAAUUCGAUGGGAAACUCGCAUUCGACCAUAAGAAAGGUAUCCUUCAGCUAAGAGUCCAACCCAGCCAGCAGGCGACAGAUACCCAACGUAAUACCAAGACACUCUCCGGUGGAGAAAAGUCCUUCUCACAAAUAUGUUUACUCUUGGCGCUAUGGGAAGCUAUGGGUUCGCCGUUCCGUUGCCUGGACGAGUUUGAUGUUUUUAUGGAUGCGAUCAAGGCGGCUCGCAACUCAGUCGGGAAGCAGUUUAUUCUCAUCACGCCCCAGGACGUUAGUACUAAGGGGAUAGAUGAAACUGCAGAUGUUCGAAUAGUGAGAAUGCCUGAUCCUCAGCGUAACCAAACGCGGAUCCAAGUUCGGCGCUAG